AUGUCCAAUAUCCAACGUCCACCGCAGUUGGAUGUUGAGUUAAAUGAAGCAAUACAAAUUCAUAUUAACGGGUUUGACUUCGAAGAGGGACCUGAAUUAUAUUAUGGAUUAGAUCAAAUCCAAGAUGAAGAACCAUAUGAAUAUUUUGAAUAUGAAGCAACCACUCCAGAAUUAGUUUCAGAAGACUCGGAUAAAGAGUCUGAUGAAAUAAUUGAAAUAACAGAACAAAAUAAUAAUCUCGACGGAUGGGAAGAAAUCCCUAAAGAAUUAGAAAAUGAUAACUGGGGCUCCACCCCGGGAGAGACAAAUAGUGGGAACCCAUGGGUAGAGGGAAACACCCCGGGACCAGAUAACUGGUACCCAUGGAGCAGGGAUUUUAUCCCUCAAAAUGCAACUUGCAUAGAAACAAACAAUGAAAUUCAACAACCAACCACAACCUUC